UACUUUCUGUGUGGUCAAUUCUCAAAUACAAUAGCAUACUGCAUGCUAAAUAAUCUGAUAUAGAUUUUAUUAUUGAUUGAUGAAUUACUGAUGAAUGGCAGCAUUGUUUUAUAAGUUCCUCGUUGGAAUACUUAUUAAUUAAACUUAUUAGACCAGUUAAUUUUUAAUCUAACUUUCUGUGAAAAAAAACUUUAACUCAAAUUAUUAUGCUGAAAAUAUAUUGUGUAAUGAAAACAACGUACUGUAUAUAUUAGAAAAAAAGGAGGAUCUUGCGUUUGCUAACAUAACACGAUUUCAAGUCAUCAGUAAAUUACACCAAAGAGAAAAAACUCAAUUCUUAAAAUUAAUUUAAUAUUUACCCAAACAAGGAUUAUAGCCAAGAUACUAGCAAUCUUCUUUAAUUAUUACAAAGUGCAAUAAAGUACUAAAGUAGCAUAUUAAAUCAACAAACGUUUUUCCGUCACACAGGCUUGAAGGACUGAGUUUUUUCUCUUUGGUGGAAUUUAAUUAAUUAGAAAAUGCACAAAUGUACUCAAAAAGGACCGAAAAGAUUUACGCCGCAAAGUGAUUGACAGCCGGUAAACACACCCACAGCCGAAAGCGCCGCUCUCAUUGGACAUGUGCGCACGCUGCACGCUCCACUGUUUACGCGGUUUAAAUUUAUACAGAAAGCUUCCUUUAAUUAUCCCGAAACAUGUCAGAGGACAUUUAAACCUAAAUAUCGACGGCAAAUGUAAACGAUGUUAAAUUUAGGCUACUUUAUGUCUUUUCCUGUGAGGUGCUAUUGUUGCAGCUGUGUGAGACGCAGAGACAGUCAUUUACACGCGGCAAGACGUUAUAUUGUUUUUAGACGCUGCCAGCGUUACUGAAAUGAGGGUGGUUGUAAUGGGCCACAGGGGACCGCUGCAGUUGUCCAACCUUUGCAAGCUGUAUAAUGAGGAGUCUGUCCACACCCUGUGCUCUGUGUUUGAGCGUGAGUGGGAAAAACAACAGAAUUACAAUGAGAGGUCGGACCUAGAAAAGGAUUGUGGAAGAGAGUCUCUGCUGGUCUCCAGUAAAAACAAUACUGGUUACUCUCUCCUUUAUGCAAUAUGGGUGACAUUCCGUCCGGCUUUAGUCAAACUUGUGCUUCUGAGACUAUCAACUGAUGUUUUUAGCAUUUUAGGUCCUCUUACUCUCAGUAACCUCAGGUGGGUUAUUCUGUUCUGUGAGAGGCAGGCUGUGUUUGACUGGGCACAAUACACAUAUUCUCUGGUGGUGUUGGGAGCUGUUUGCUGUUGCGCUGUUUCUCAGCAUCACUUUGAGAAACAUAGUAGGAUAAUUACGGCCAAUGCACAAGCAGUUCUGGCUGGCUGUCUCUACAGGAAGACAUUGUCUGUUUCCCAUAGUUCUCGGCAGCAAUCUGACACCACUCAGGGGACGGAUGUAUUAAGGGAGGUUGAAUAUGUGACAGAGCUGGUGGUCACUUUAGCUUGUAUUUGGUCCGCUCCCCUGAGAGUCACUCUCUAUUUGGGCUUACUGUGGGGUGAAUUGGGCCCAGGCGUUCUAGCGGGGGUGGCAUUGCUACUAGUCCUCGUUCCUGUCAACUCAGCAGUGGAGCGCAAAGCCAAACAGCUUCGGAGAACUCAGCUGAUCAUCAGGGAAAGGAGUGAGCAACUCAUCAAGGAAAUGUUGCAUAAAUACCAGGCUCUGAAGUUUCUCACAUGGGAGUCUUGGUUCCAUCAAAGAGUUACAGAGUCACGGGCCAGGGAGUUGGAGAUGCUAAGAAUUCUGGGAUAUCUGACAGCCUUCUCUAUGCUCAACUCUAUCUGUAUGCCUUUCCUGGUUGGUUUCUCUAGUCUUGGUGUGUUUGUGCUGGCGGAUGAUGGGAAUGUUCUCACUCCAUCUCAGAUCUUUACAUCCCUAUGUUUCUUCAGAUUUCUCCGUCCAACUCUGCUGGAGCUCCCUGGGCUCUUGUGUGUUCUUAAGCAGGCACAGAAGUCUCUUUGCCAUCUGGAGAAGAUCUUUCUCACAAAGGACUUGGGCACCAGUCAGUUAGUUACUACAAAAGAAGAGCUUCCAACUGAUGGCUUCCAACAGCCAUGUGACGGGUAUAAAGAUAAGCACAUUAAUUCUGAUGAGAAAAGUGAUCAAUAUUUAUCCCAAAAAGGCAGUGGAGAGGCCCGCAGGCUGUAUCUGAGGGCUUUUGGCAGGCCCUGGAUGUCAGUUUCCUUGCUUCUACACCUGUCUGUGUGUGCUGUUAGUUUAGCACAAGAUGGCAUCCUGAGCAUGUGGACGGGUGAAGCCAAAGAAGUUCAAGGCCUGGACGGGUGGAGAGAGCUCAGAAACUCCCGACUGUCUGCUUACGCACUGCUCGGACUCUUGCAAGCCUUCUUCGUGUGCUGUGCCGCCUACUGUUUGACCUGCGCUUCUCUCAGGGCUUCUCAUAAAUUACACUCUAAGCUUCUGUCAGAUGUUCUUCACAUGCCUGUGCAUUUCCAGAAGACAAAAACAAGAAGACUGCUGCAAGCAUUCACUCAGGAUAUGCAGGUGAUUGAUGAAGAGCUGCCCAAACAUUUGCACAGCUGGUUGAGGAGUUUUUUGGAUGUAUUGAGCACCACCGCUUUGAUCAGCUUCAUCAUGCCAGUUUUCAGCCUAGCUGUCUGCCCACUGAUAAUCCUCUUCCUCCAUAUUCAGUCACGUUUUUCGUCAGCACAGAGUCAAACCAGACUCAUGGAGGCAAACCCAGUUGGUUCGCUGGAGUGUGUGACACAGUGUGUUGAAGCUCCACUUUCUGGGCCAAAACGCAGGGAGGUGUGUCUGACACACUGCCUCCAAGCCUUAAAUCAAAACCUGCUGGUCAAGUACAACAAAAUCAACACAGAAAGUUGGGCUGUGCUGCGGUUAGAUGGUAUUGCUGGGAUUGUUCUGUUCCUGGUCAGUCUGAUUCUGCUGGAGACUAAACCGGACUCGGGGCUUGUGGUUCUGGCAUUGAUCUGUGCCUUCAAUAUUAAAGAAGCUCUUCACUGUUACCCUCAGGCUGUUUCUGAUAUCAACGUGGACAUGCUGAGCGUGCAAAAUCUUUGUGAAUUUGCAAAAGUGGAGAAGGAGGCAGCAUGGAGAGUCACGUAUAGACCACACUGUGACUGGCCCCAGCAUGGAGUGGUAAAGUUCAGAAACUAUGAGUCUGAAGCCUCCUCUAACUGCACACCAGCUCUUAGAGGAAUUAAUCUCACUAUUAUAAAAGGGGAAAAGAUUGGGGUUGUAAGCAGGGAAAAGACAGACGCUGAUGGUUUGGUUAGCUGUCUGUACCGGUCAGUGGAGGCCAGGAGCGGUGCUGUGCUGAUUGACAAUGUGAACAUCGCCCACGUCGGUCUUCAUGACCUUCGUAGCAGUCUACAAAUCAUUUCUCAGGUUCCCGUACUGUUCUCUGGUCCCCUGAGGGCUAACCUGGACCCGUUCGCUCAGCAUACUGACGCACAGGUGUGGUUGGCUCUGGAGCUCUGCCAUCUGAAGGAGCAUGUUCGACUAUUGCCUGCUCAGCUGCUGCGCCCGGUACAGAGGACCUCCCUCGCUUUCAGCUUUGGCCAGAGGAGGCUGCUCUGUUUGGCCAGAGCCCUCCUUGCAAGGGUCAAAGUCCUGCUUGUGGAAGACGCCCUUCCUAGUGUGGAUCUAGAAACAGAGGACCUGGUCCGACAGGUGAUCCGCACGGAGUUUAAAGACUGCACUGUACUUUGGCUCACUCAGAACCCGUUCACUGUCAUGCACACUGACAGGCUGCUGGUUUUGAAUAAGGGACAAGCUGUGAACUUUGACGCCCCUGCCACUCUCCUCCAGCAGGGGCCGCUGUUCAGUCAAUGAAACGGGACCUGCUUUUACAGUACAUCCAGUUAUUAGUUGCUAAUUGUUCGUUGACAAGGUAUUUAAGACAUUCAUUUCACAUCAUACAUUAGAUUCCCUAAAGCACAAUUUAAUAACACAAUAAUUAAUAACGGAUUUAGACACAUUAUACUGAAUAAAGGGUCAAAUAAAUAAGUGACACGUGAAAUGCAAACAGAUUUUGAAAUAUUCUAGUAAAUUGUGGGGGUUAUUUAAAAUCUAUUUUCCUUUUUAUAAUUUAUUUAAUAUAAUAUAAUAUAACAAUAGCUUUUUGCCUUUUGCCACUUAAAAAUGUUAAUGUCAUGUAUAAGCACACAAACAUACCAGUUUACAAUGUUAACUUGAGUUUUGAGAAUAGGGCUGUUUUGAUUGAAUCAGAAAUGUCAGAGUUGUUCAUUUAUAUCAAGAUAUUUUUGACACUUUUGAUACUCUUCUGCCAGUGUUUUAUAUGCAUAUGAAAAGUACAUCUGCAGUACGAUAAAUAAUAAUAAUAAUAACCAAGCAGCAGGUCUUUCCUUCUAAGGGCUGUUUGUGGUUAUGCACAGCGGCCGUUUGAGCUGUUUGUUGACAUUAUCAUCUUCUCCAUUUCCUUUGCAGUUAUUGUCAGUUAAUUGCACAUUAGGUUGCAUUAAGGAGCCGUUUUUUCACAACAGUUUUCCACAUUGUAACUGCCUCCACAUCUUUCCUCAA